UUUAUAACUGUUAUGUAUACAUUUAUAUUUGUAUAGUAUGUAUUGCAUACCUAUGUGCAUAUUUCGUGUAUGCACUUGUAUGUGCAAUUAUAGAAUGCGCUCAUUGUGAUCUAGUAAUAAUAACAACUAUAGAUAAUAUAAUCGUUUUGACAGAAUGGCCAAGUGUUCUAAACCUGUUGUAAGACAAAUAUUAACCAUUUGUAUUUUAGAUUUGCAUAGAAUUAGAACGCUACAGUGAAAUAUAAUUCAAUAUCAAUUAAUUGUACAUAUUCGUAAUGAAUUUUCAUUCGUGAUAUCAAAAGGGUGGAUGAUAUCGUGAAAUUCUUUCUCCAAGUAUGUUGCAAUUCGAAGGUAACCAUCAAGGUAAUCUGAAAGUGUAGAAAGUGCGCGUGUUGUGUUUGCAAAUGUAUAGGUAGACUCACUUUUGUAAAACCGUUUUGGGAUAAACUACGGUGCAAAUGUGAUGGAGGACUACAAAUUUCUUUUCAAAGUUGUCCUGGUGGGCAAUGCCGGCGUUGGAAAAACUUGUCUUGUACGAAGAUUUACUCAGGGUUUAUUUCCUCCAGGUCAAGGUGCAACAAUUGGUGUUGAUUUUAUGAUUAAAACUGUGGAAGUAGAAAAUGAAAAAGUCAAGUUACAAAUUUGGGAUACAGCUGGACAAGAAAGAUUUCGUUCAAUAACUCAAAGUUAUUAUAGAUCUGCUCAUGCAUUGAUUUUAGUUUAUGAUAUUUCAUGCCAACCUACUUUCGACUGUUUACCUGACUGGUUAAGAGAAAUUGAAGAAUAUGCAAAUAACAAAGUUUUAAGGAUAUUAGUAGGUAAUAAGAUAGAUCGAGAAGAUAGAGAAAUACCAACUCACGUAGGUGAAGAUUUUGCACAAAGACAUGGAAUGUACUUUUUAGAAACAUCAGCUAAAGAAGCAGAAAAUGUAGAAAGAUUAUUUAUGGAAAUUGCUGCCGAACUUAUGGAUCAAGCACGCAGUAAGGAAUUACCUAGAUACGAAACAAAUGCAACUUCCAUAAAUGGAAAGACUACAUCAAUUGGUGAUACUAAUAGUUGCGGUUGCAGUCGUUUUUCUUAAAUACUUAUGGCUAUCAUAUUAUGUCAUUUGUAUGAAUUCAGCAGAACUGUCCAAUUAUAUUGGAUAUUUAUAUAAUAGAAUAAGAUUAUACGUUUUUCAUCUUAUAUAUUAACUGCAAUACUAGUCGAUGUUUCACACAUGCUCAGACAAUAUUAUCCUAUAUUCGCACACUCUUGAUAUUAUAUAUUAUUAGUAAAUAGCAAAAAUACUAUAUAUAUAUACUAUUUCAAUAAUUAGAGUGAAUUAAUUUUUACAAUGUUAUAAUUGUAUUUUAUUGUAAUGACAGACUCUAUCAGAUUAUUAGUUAAAUUUUUAUAAGAAUACUCUCUUUGUCUGAUUGAUCUGUCAUCAUUUUGAUAAGAUUUUCGUUGCUUCAGAAGUACAAAUAGUUUAUGUAUGAAUUUCGA